GACCCCCCGGCUCGCGCGCCGCGCUCCGGGUGCUGGGAGGCGUGUGUGUCGCUUUAAAAGCUCCCUCCCGGCGCGCGGGGCCGGCCCCUUCCCUGCCAGCGCCGAGGCGAGCGGAGCCGCGCGAGCCCGGCGGCCUUUGAGGGAGCCAGCGCCCGCCAGGGCGGCCAGUCCGGCGGGGCGCGGCGGCGCUCGGGGAAAGCCGGCCAGGCCCGCGGAGCCGGGCGGGCAGUGCAGGGCAGGGCGAAGGGCGAAGCAGCCGGGGAGAGAGGCCCGAGCCGCCCCGGUGCCUCCUUUGCCCCAUUGGCAGCCGCCCGGCACCCGGGGCCGCGAGGCGCGGAGCCGUGAGCGAGCGCGCAGGAGGCGGUGGAGCCUAGAGGAGGCUGAGCGCCCCGUGUGCCCGGCCGGGCCCGCCGCGCCUCCUCCAUCGGCUCCCUGGCGCCUCGCUCUCCUUCUCUGCUCUCCUUUGCUUCUUCUGCUUAGCCCCGCCGCGCCAAGGCCCCCCCAGACCUCGUGCGCUCAUCUCCGCUGUGCUGGACACUGGGUCCCCCAGGGCACCGGGUCCCCCAGGGCACCGCUACCGCCCCUCCCCCGGGACUCGAAGGAAUCCGGACUUUCCCCACGGUGGAUCGAGCCGACUGCCGGGCUAAGGCUGAGCGGAUUCUGCGGUCGCUCCAGACGCCGCCCGGGCCGGAGCGCGGACAUUCUGGGUCCCGGCUGAGUGCACCCCGGACGCCUGGCAGUGCCAGAUCGCGAAAGGCAAGGCACGCCAGGGGCAGGACAGACCCCGGAGGGGCCCAGACACGCCGAACUGGACUGGACAGAGAGAAUCGCGAACCCUGCGGAGCCGGGGGAAUGCCGGGCGUGGGCUGAGGGUAUCCCGGCGCCUUCCCCAGCCUUCCGACUUUGGCUCAGUCGCCCGGACCGGACCGGCGUCGCUUCGGCCCGGGUCACCUGUGGCCUCGGGGCCCCCGAGCCCUCCGGACCCUCGCGACCCGGAGCCUGGCGGGCGUGGUGGGAGAUUUUUCCUACCCCCUUCCCCGGUGCGCGGAGGCCCCGCCCCCUCCCACCGCCCAGAUGUCUCCGGUCACCGAUCGGAGGACCUUCCUGAGGCCAAGAGCCGAAGGGUCCAGAGAGAGAAGCCCGCCCUAGGGGAGCCUUGGGGGCCCCCCCAACCUCGUCUUGGGGCUCGGCCCCCGACGCUGCUUGGAGGCAAGGCCGGUGCCCCCACCCUCUGGGGCUGCCCUCCUCCAAUCCAGGUCCCUCUCCAGCGCUGUUCACAUCUGGAGCCCCCUCCACAUCUGGAAGACCCUGACCUCCGUCCCUCUGCAGGUUCGGCUGCUUCUAGAGAGACCUCUGCCUUUGUAACUGCCUAGGAGUUGCGAGGGGAUUGCUGCUUCCCCCAUCCCAAGGGCAUCUCUUACCCCAGUCCUUGCAGAAUCAUCCCCCUGCCUCCACACCCAGAUUCAGGCAAAGAUCCACCACAGGCACUUCAAGUCCUGGAAGCUGUUCUUGGGCCCUAAGGCCCCUCCCCUUGCCCUCCUGUGUCCUCACCUUGACACCCCCCCCUUCACUCCCGUCAGACUCUGUCUCCCUCUGGGUGCUCCAUCCCCCACCCAGAGGCAGAGUAGGUCGAGUGGCAGGCUGCAGGGGCUGGGUGAGGGCCGCCCAAGGCCAGGGUAGGCUGGGGGGCCGUUAAAAUGUGGAGCUCUGCCCGGCCGAGGGGGGCUCCGUGGAGGCAGGCAAAGCGUGUGCCCCGCUGGGACGAGUAUGGGCAGGCUUGCGGCCACGUGGUGAAGGAUGAACAUUCGGGGUGCCCCGGACCUCGGGCAGCCCAGUGACGACCCCAACAGUGGUGGAGAGAGAGAACGGAUUCGACAGCGCAUGAAGAUGGUCAUCGGGCAACUUGAAGACAUCCUGAGGGAACUCAAAGAAGUGGCUAAGGAGCUGAGGGAGGUGGUGAGUCAGAUCGACAAGCUGACCUCUGACUUUGACUUUGAACUGGAGCCGGACGACUGGACCACGACCACUGUGAGCAGUACCUCCAGCAGUGACAAGGCGGGGGUGGGCGGUCCCUUUGACCUGGGCCACCUGGACUUCAUGACAGCCGAUAUCCUCUCAGACAGCUGGGAGUUCUGUUCCUUCCUGGAUGUCUCUACCCCAUCAGACUCUGUGGAUGGCCCCGAGGCACCACGGCCAGGCGCAGGCCCUGACUACCAGCUCAUGAAUGGUGGUAUGCCCAUCCCCAAUGGGCCACGAGUGGAGACUCCAGACUCCUCCAGUGAAGAGGCCUUCAGUGCUGGCCCUGCAAAGGGUCAGGUGCCCCAGCGGACCCCAGGGACAAGGGAGAGGGUACGGUUCAGUGACAAAGUGCUCUACCAUGCUCUGUGCUGUGAUGAUGAAGAGGGGGAUGGUGAGGAGGAGGUAGAGGAGGAGGCAGGCCUGGCCCCAGAGCUGGCCCAUGUGGAGCCACACACAGGCCCCCUCAAGCCCUCCCCAGCCCCCCACAAGACCAGGCGCUCUCCGUUGACCACACGACGCUUGGGCCCCACAUUGGCUCCAGAACAGACCCGGAGGGUCACAAGGAACAGCAGUACCCAGACAGUAUCAGACAAGAGCACACAGACAGUGCUGCCCUAUACGGCCACCAAACAGGAAGCCAAGGGCAAGAACUAGGGGUGGGGGGGGAGGGUAGGGGAUGCAUAGAGCUAUAAAUAUAUAUAUAUAUAUUUAAACAAACACAGUCAUAAUAAAAUUCAUAAAUACUAAGGAUCCGGGCCCACAGGCCCCAAAGCCUUCAAGAAAGCUCAUCCUAAAACAAUCAGAGGCCCAGGAUUUCCCCCUCCCCUCCAUAUGGCAGGGUUCCUGAAGGGAGCUGAACCCUACCAUUCCCACUACAAGUCUCCAGCACCAUAGAGGUCUGUGAGUGCUGGCCUGGGCCGUGUCCUAGAGGGAACUCAGCAGCUGGAGGCAAGCUGAAGAAAGCUUAUCCCAGGGCAGAGCUCACCUGGAAGACUAAGAACUUAGAACCCAGGGUUGGCAUCACUGUGGCCAGACACAGAAGCACCUCUGUCCUCCUGGGCAGAGCUAUGUGGACAGACAGCCCCACCUCUCUCUCUCACACACACACACACACACACACACACACACACACACACACACACCACCCAGCAUCUUAGGGUUGCCCCAAACACUGAGAAGGACACCCUGCCCUGGGGCAGACUGCACUACCAGGAGCCUGGCAGCCACGGAGCAGAUGCAAAAAUCCAAUCCACUCCGAUUCUUUCAGCUCCCAUUCUUAGCUCUGGAGUUCAGAAUUCUCAGAUCUUGGUCCUGAGCAGAUCCAAGGUGUGUGGAUAGUGGAUAGCAGGUAUCAGAGUGCUGGGAACGAAGACCCAGGUGUACUUGGCCAUCAACACUAGGCAGGCAGAGGGGAGAAGGAAACCCAUUGUCUUCCCCUAGCUCCUACUUCUUCAUGCCCAACCCCUUAGCUCACCUUAAUAAGCCCUGAACAGCAGCAACAGCUUCAUCUGCAGUGUGACCUCCCAACAGCUGCAUUCAAAUGUCUUUUUUUUUUUUUUUUUGGUUU